GCGGCAAAGCCGUCGUCGUCGUCGUCAGUCGCGUCACGCGUUUUCCAUUGACGACGUCGUUAUAAUACUAUCGGGAACUUUUAAAAAGAUUCGAACGUUGUUUCCUCGGUUUUCGCUCUUUUACUUUUCACUCGUCGCAUCAUCGCACAUCGUUCGAGCUUUGAUCGUCGCGCUGUCGUCUAAUCAAAAUAUAUACUAGACGCGAGGAAGGAAAGAAGGCGCACGUGACGCUUCGCCGUGAUCGGUCGAGCACGCCGCGGUAAAACGCGUCUUCUCUUAUCGAUCGAAAUGUGCCGCGCAGUAGCACGUUGCCGCAGUUCCGCAUGCAUGGCGCCUUCCACCUCCACCCUCGCGAUUUUCUAUCCUAUCGCCAACGAAAACACGAGGAUCUAACGAUGAGUUAUAAAUUCUUUCGAACGCCCCCAGUCGAUCCUACUUGGCUUUGAAAUGUUCCUUUUUAUAUGAACAAGAUAUCAUAUUAUAAUACAAUUCGAAUAACAACGGUUCGUCAUCGUUUCAUAGAUUUUUUCUUACACGUUUUAUUAUCGCCCUUCGAGCUCUUUUUUUUUUUUGGAAAAUUAUAUACUCGCGUUUUUUUCUUUUCUUUUUUAUAUAAAUCCGAGCGAAUCAUUCAAUCCGGCGUUCGAUUCAACGUUCGCGAUUCAAAGGUCGACGCCUUUCGUUUAGGAAUUACGGAUGGCCAAUGGGAAUCGCGCUUUCUCCCGCCAAAACCGUGCCGCGUCGAGAAUACAAUUCUCGUUUCGCGAGCAAGAUUGCGCGCGCGUCUACGUGCGGCGCUUCAAGAUUCUUUCGUUGUAAGGAGGUUAAUCGAACGAAAGAAAAAAAAGAAAUAAGAUCGAGCUCCGUUAUCCCGAGAUCAUGUCGUCGAUACCUUCGAUAACUCUCGUCCAUGCUAUCGGUCGCAUUUCUCCUACAAAGGAAAAGUCCUCGUAACAGAAAAGAGACGGAAGAGGGAGGAAUGAGGAGAUUCGUCCGGUGACGUUGUGCCACGCGCGGUAAUGCUACUGGCAAGCGGUGCCUCGAUACCGACCAUCGCCGGUGCCGUCGAGGAAGAGGAGGAGUAUGCGCGUAGCGAGGCUAACAGCGCGCACUACGAUGGAUACGUCACCGAUCAUACCGAUCUCGCUUCGGAGAUCGAUAUCGACGAGUCCGAGUAUAGGAGGGAACUUCUCAACGACAAAUGGCGAAUGCUGUUCGACAAGUUCGAUCCCGAGGGUUUCGGAGAGAUACCAUUGGAGGACUUUCUGGUAGCGUUAAAAAGUGCCGAAUGGAAAGCGGAAAUACCAACGAACAAGAGAGAUAUCCUGCUAGCGAGGGCAAAAGAAUCGAAGGUCGACGCGAUUACCUUUCAGGACUUUGUCAAUGUGAUGAGCGGCAAGCGGACGAGAAGCUUCAAAUGCGCGGUCCACCACCGGGACCGCGAGGUGUGCUCCGAAAACGACUUUCAUCUGCUCGUGCACGAGCCGCCGUUGUUUCGCAGGAUGGUCCGCAUGAUCGGCGACGAAUUCUUGACGGAGGAACGGGACCGAAAAUACUACGCCGACCAUUAUACGUGCUGUCCACCGCCCCUCUUCAUCAUUCUCAUCACCCUCGUGGAGUUGGGCUUCUUCACUUAUUACACCGUGGCAAAGGGCGAGGUGAAUCCCUCGGGUCCAGUACCGAUCGACAGUGUCUUCAUCUACAGGCCGGACAAACGCCUCGAGCUUUGGAGGUUCGCCUUCUAUAUGUUCCUUCAUGCUGGGUGGCUUCACCUGUUGUUUAAUCUGGGAGUGCAAGUGGUCGUGGGACUUCCACUCGAGAUGGUUCACGGAAGUUUGAGGAUCGCCGCAGUUUAUAUGGCUGGAGUCCUGGCUGGUUCCUUGGGUACCUCGGUGUUCGACACCGACGUCUAUCUGGUCGGAGCGAGCGGCGGCGUUUAUGCUCUUCUAGCGGCCCACCUCGCCAACGUUCUUCUAAACUACAACAAUAUGGAGUUUGGAAUAGUUCGACUUAUCGGCAUCUUCGUCAUCGCGAGCGCCGACGUGGGCUUUGCCAUAUACGACAGGUACGCGGCAGAACAAAUCUACGCGGGUCUACCGGUCUCUUACGUUGCCCAUCUGACGGGUGCCUUGGCCGGCCUGACGAUCGGCCUUUUGGUCCUGAAGAAUUUCGAGCAGCGAUUGCACGAGCAAUUGCUCUGGUGGGUGGCCCUUGGCGUUUACGCAGCCUGCACGAUCUUCGCGGUCAUGUACAAUCUAAUGCAUCCGAAUUAUCCAUGACGCGAGGUCAGCUUCGCGUACGGUCAACCGAGAAACACGUAACGCGAAGCUGAUGGCCCUUGGAAGAGAAAACGAAAAAAGAGAAAGAAGGGAAGGAGAAUUAUAAGAAAUAAUUGCGUCGGACGAAGAAAACGUCGAAAUAUUUUAAUGGAACAAGUUUCCUCGUUGUUGUCGGGACUAUCUCGAUACGAACACGCUGCGAAUCAUCGAAGGACGAAAAGAAGGAGGAAGUGGAGAAGGAGGAGGAGAAGAAGAAGGCGGCGGAGGAGGAGGAGGAGGAGGAGGAGGAGGAGAAGGAGGAAUUGCGGCCGGUCACACGUCUCGAUCUCUUCGUAGUUUUCCUGCGUUAAACCAAAGAAUAGAGUAUAUACUACACAGGGAGAUAUAUUUUUGCAGAACGACAAGGAAGAUGAUGCGCGCAAGGUUUAUCAUUUUGCGCACUUCGAUUAUAAGCGGAAAACGCGAAAGCCAAAGAACCAUAGUCCGUACGCAGGAAGAUAUUCGAAAAGUUUAACGUCGACCACGAUCUCCGGCUUUUUACUCGUUAACGCGAUCCCUUCGAACUUAAACAAAGGAACGAAAAAAGAAAAGCGAAAAGAAACGAGGGACGCGUAGCGACAUUUUUUCUUACGGCUCUUGUAUAUUAUUAAGUAUCGACGUCGAUCCCGAUGACGUGUUGCCCGCGCAGUCGUUCAUUGUAUACCAAUGUAAAUAGUCUUGUAAAUAAUAACGAAAGAUAAAUGAAAGAGAACGUUACGCGUACAUGGGGCGAGCGAGCGAGAGAGCAAGGAGAAUCGGAGUGAGUGAGCGAAUGAAAGAUAGAUAUAAAAUAGUGCGUAGAGCGUGGACGAAACAAACAAACAAAAAGAAAAAGAGCGAAAAUUUGGAGAACGAGAGAAUGGCGAAAAAAUAUUCGUCGACGAGUAACGAAAUAUUUUCCUUCGCUCGAUAGUUUUCCAACAAUCUCGUCCUUUUUCCCUCUUUGACACACGUUUUAAGAACGGCGUCGGAAAGAAACAGGAAAAUGGCGAUUACGUUACCAAAUUUCUUUCCUCUCCAUAUACUGCCAGAGCUUUUCUUACUUUUUCCUUUCUUUCUUUCUUUCUUUCUUUCUUUCUUUCUUUCUUUCUUUCGUUCGUUCGUUCAAUGAAAAUUCCUCAAGUAUUUAACUUUUCUUUUUCGUUUGUCGUAUUUGUCCAUUUUUGUAUAGAGCAAUAACAUAUAUUUAUAUAUGAGAAAACGAAUCGUUAGAUAAUUUUCGAACGCAUCGAUACGCCUCUUAUUCGCUCGAUCCUCUUACUCCCUUCCUCCCUCUCUCUCUCUCUUUUACACAGUCACUCUUCGAUAUUCUCGAAAGAACGAUUCUCUUCUUUGGUGAUUUCAAAGUCACGACUCUUACGUAUUAUUUAAUAUAUAAGUAUGCAUAUAUAUAUAUAUAUAUAUAUAUAUAUUAUAUGUGUAUAUUGUCUGUAUAGUUUCUAAGUACGUUGAUCAGGGUACAACUAGAUUCUUCUUUUAUUUGCUAUUUAUAUAUGCGACAAAUUUCUUUGUUUUUCUUCUUUUUUUUACACAAGGCAAAUGGCCACGGUAAAAAAUUUAAUUGUCGAUUAUAAUCAUAUAUAUAUGUAUAUAUAUAUAUAUAUAUAUAUAUGUGUGUGUGUGUGUGUGUGUGUGUGUGUAUACACAUCUAAGUUCACAAGUUUAUGCGAUGCGCUCACCUCAUUGUUACAGACUUUUUUGUCUCACUGAACGAAGCAGUUUUCUCUCUCUCUCUCUCUCUCUCUCUCUCUCUCUCUCUCUCUCUUUGUGUGUUAUUUCUUUCUCUUCUUAAUUUCGUUCUUAAUUUCAUACACGAAAACUCGUCUUAUUUAUUUUUACCAAGUGGUAAUUUCUUAUUAGAAAUUAAUAUGUCUCGGAAUGGCGGAAGAAAAGUAGAUACAAAAGGGAAGGAAGAAAAGAAGGAAAAAAGAAAAAAGCGAGAUCAAAAACGAGAGUGAUGAACGAUGCUAGUCAAUUAGUACCCACGAGAAAGCUACGUCGGGUUGUAGCUUAAGGUACUGCUAUGUUGUAACUCGCAGAAACGUCGAGAAAAACGGUGGGAGAAAUAGAGUGAAAAGCGACUCGACUGUGAAAGGGUUGUGUAAGAACAGAAGGAAAGAAAGAGAAAGAUAGAGAGAAAGAGAGAGAGAGAGAGAGAGAGAGAGAGAGAGAAAAAAAGAAAUGGUCGGUGACGAAGGUAUCCACUUUAAAUAGCUACAAUGUUCUAUGUUACAAUGCAAAGAGAAAAAGUGUGUGUGAGAGAGAGAUGAGAGAGAGAGAGAGAGAGAGAGAGAGAGAGAGAGAGAGAGAAAGGGAGAAAAACAGUACUACAACGAGAUGCUGAAAAUUGCAGAGACGAUGACACGAUUGUCUUGUUCUACGUUGCUGCUGAGAUAGUAUCGAUACUCGAAUAAUUAAAUUCGUAUGAGUCCCGGGAAGAGACGAGAAAAAGAGCUAUAUCGAACCACCGUUUGAGGUCAUGGUAACAUUCUUUUACUCUCUUUCUCUCUCUCUCUCUCUCUCUCUCUCUCUGCUUCUUUUUUUUUUCUCAUCAUCUACAAAAUUCGAUUCCCGAUGCGGCUUUAUUUAACAGAGAGACACUGUAAAUGAUUACCAACGUCGUUUUCGACGUACUUGUGAGUUUCUCCGUUAUCUCAUUAAUAAAUGGUAGUUCCGUUACAGAACUCCUUUUCUCGAAUAUAUUUUGUAGUGAUAUCGAAUGUAAAGAUACCUCGAUACGGAAUGUUUUCUAUUUAUUUAUUUUUUUUUUGUGACAAAUGUAUUACAGAAAUGAUUAAUAUCGUAAUAGUUCGGGUUAAUCAAUUCGUAUCGUACAAAAAAUGGAAUAUAUGACUGGUGCUCUUCAAUAUUCUAUGCAAAUGAGCUUAGGAAGAUAAUGAUUGGAAAACCGUACGAUCCUUUUUCGAUGUCAUUUGCAUGUUAUUGAAAAACGGCGCGGCCCCUUUGGUAUUACAUUUCGGCCGAUUUAUAUCAUCGCUAAGCUCAUUGAUAUGUACUUUUUACGAGCGAUAUCACUUGUAUAAAUGAAUGAGAAAAAAAAAAACAAGGGAAAAACAAUGAAUGAGAACGUGGCUUGUCGUAUUGAUUCUAUAUUUCUACGGUCGUUCGAAAAGAGCAUUUAAAGAGUUUCGUUCUCGAGCACACAACACUGCCCUUCAAAAGGAAAAAGAAAAAAAAGAAAAAAAAAAAAGAAGGAAAAAAAAGAAAAAUCAGGAAGGAAGGGAGAAUUUCGUCUAAGUAUAAUCGAGCGAUUAUUCCCUUCCCUUUGUUUCAUCUUGUCUGUUUUUUUUUUCUUCUUGCUGUUCUUUUAUAUCGUCCACUCAUCACCGUCAUUAAAUUAAUAUUAUUAUUUAUUUUCGCGCAAAAUCAAUUGAGAGAUUUUCCUCCUUUCGACCUCGAUAUACACCACCUAUUCAUCGCUUUAUGUUCGUUGGUUUUUAAUUAUCGCGUUCCAUUAACCGAUAUCCGUAGGACGACAGUAUUGCUCGCGGAACCACUUUUCAUUUAAUUAUUGCGAUCAUCGGGAAAGUUUCUUCGGAAAAAGUAAUCGAGAGUACUUUCCUUCGGAUAUAUUUGUUCUUUUUUCUUUUUCUUAUCUUGUUUUAAACAUUUUUUUCUCUUUUUUUUCCUUUUUUUUAUCAUCAUCAUCAUCGUUGUCGUCGUCCGUCGAAACCGAUAGGAAAACAAAAUUCGAUCGAUCGCCUUCUCCGCCGUUUAUUUCGACGAUGCAUCGGGAAUCUCGAUUUUCCGCAAAGUUAAAAAAAGUUUUUAAUUAGUUUAAUUAGUUCCCGUUGCGUCGCGUACCUCCUGCGUGUUUAUUUUAAAUGUCAGAAAAUAUGGUUUAUAACACUGCCACAACACACAAUUUUCAGUUAAAAUCCACGGAAAACGAAUUUUCCCUCUUCCCCGCCAUCGCCAUCAUCCCUAUCGCACGAUCAUCGACUUUACAAAGCUAAUUAACGGGACACGAUCAUUGCAUUCACGUUGAAAGUCUAAACUGAUAGCGAGAAUAUGUGUGUGUGCCGUGCCUGUACGUGUGUUACGCCUGAUGCGCAUUAAAAUACGAUAGCGAUAUAUGAAUAUACGUAUAUAUACAUAUAUACAUAUACAUAUAUAUAUACAUAUAUAUACAUAUAUACAUAUAUAUAUACAUAUAUAUAUACAUAUAUAUAUACAUAUAUAUAUACAUAUAUAUAUAUAUAUAUAUAUAUGUAUAUAUAUAUAUCAACAUAGGUACGCGCUGCGAUAUCAGCGUACGAGAAGAGUUGCGACUAAUGUUAAUAAUAAUUUAUACUGCUUACGGUUAGUCACGAGUAUCCACAAGCCAAAGAGGUGGAGCUAGUAACAAAAUUUCAAGCGAUUACUAAUAAUUAUUAUUAUUAUUAUUAUUAUUAUUAUUAUUAUUAAUAUUAUUAAUAUUAUAUAAUUAUUAUUAUUAUUAUUAUUAUUAUUAUUAUUAUUAUUAUUAUUAUUAUUAUUAUUAUUAUUAUAUUAUUGUCCUUACCAUCGUCAUAGAAAAUCGUUUUUAUUAUCGUCGAAAGAAUCGACGUUGCUCAGCCGACGCCGAGCCGUUUAUAUUCGUUCAUCUCCUGUUAUUGAGCGUUCGAGACAAUUAAUCAUUCUGCUCCGUACAAAACGUGAUAACGUCAAGUCCUCGCCUAGAAUAUUUCGCAUAGUAUUUCUGUACGCGUUCGCCGCCAAAAGAGGUGCGUUUUAAAGGUAAAAGAAAGUCUGAAGAAGAAGAAAAGGCGGAAGGAAAGGGAAGCGAUGGUAUUUAAUCGAUAGAUCGAAAUAUCUUGUACGUGCAUAUAGUAUAUAUAUACGCGUAUUAAAAUAUACAAGGAGUCUCCUGACAAACGUUUUAAUCGACUCGAUUAAUCUAAAAUUACUAUCUAUAUAUAUAAGAAGAUAAUUAUACUAUACAUCGCCAAGCGCACGUAAUGAAAAAGAAAAAAGAUAAAAAAAAAGAAAUAAUCUUGUUAAAAACGAGUCGAUCUAAAUGAGGCACCUUCUAUAUAGAUUACGUCUUAUGUAAGUACGUAUGCACACGCAUAUAUUUUUUGGAAAAUUCAAUGAAAAGCAAUGUGUUAUUUAUUAUGUUUUAGUAAUUCCAACGUCGACACGUCGUAAGAAAGAACGAUGGAAGGAACGAACGUUCGAAAGAAAAAGCGUCGCAAGUUUUCGAACGUUUUAAUCGUCCAUAUCGGACAAUAGCGAAUACAUAGAGAAAAAAAAUGUAUUUUCGUUGUUCUUUCGAGUUGGAACGCGUUAGGAUUUCCCGAUCGGUGGUGAUCGUAACUCGCGAGGAUACUCCCUCGAUGUCCUCCUCUUCGGAUUUAGAAAUGUCGACCAAGAAAAAAAAAAAGAAAACAGAAAAAAAAAAUGAUACUUUGCUCGGCGGUCCUAAUGCGUUGAAUGAAAAAUAAAUUCGAGCGAGGUAUCAUUGUUUUCUCAUUCGAUAAAUCGAUGGAACUUAGUAAAAGGUAAUCGAUACAAUUAUUACUUAUUAGAUAUUUAAAAUCUAGCGAUUUAUUUUGAUUAUUUGAAAUUUCUUCUAAUAAUCAAGUCGCUAUGUAAUAAGUAGAUAAUUGUAUCGUCGAGCCUAUAAUAUAAUUUUUCAUUCCAAAGAUUAAUAGCAAAACGUUAUUUUAGUCGGGCCUUUUUGUAUAAUAACCAUUUCGCGAAUGAGAUAUUGUAGUAGCGACGAUCGAUGUUAAAAGAGAACGUACUAUUUUAUCGAUAGGAGGGCGAGCUUUUUUACUAUAAAUGAAAAAUAAUAAUAUCUACCGUGUGUGAAAUAUAAUCGCGGGUAUCGGAUAAUAAAAAAAAUUUGUCAAAAAGAGAAACAUUUUGAUCCGAUUAUAUAUCAGAGAAUUAUUCAAAAGCGAGAAAUCGAUUACCGUCGAUAAAGGGGAUGAUUUUGAUUUGAAGAGCGACCCCAUUUUGGACCAGUCCUCUUAACGAAAAAAAAAAAAAACGUCGCGGCUAGGUAAAGGCACUUACCAAAUGCGCGUAUCGAUAACGCGCAAGAUACACGUUCCUUAGGUUUUAAACGAUAUUAUCUGCCCGAUACCGUCUCUACUAUGAGAAUGUUUGAAAGAGAAAGAGCGAUCGAUUUAUUUCUAAUCGUCAGGGAUAUGUAUGACCAACAUUCGAUAAGUAUGCGUCCGUGAGAAUGAGAGAGUGAAUGAGAGAGAGAGAGAGAGAGAGAGAGAGAGAGAGAGAGAGAGAGAGAGAGAGAGAGAGAGAGAGAGAGAGAGAGAGAGAGAGAGAAAGAGAGAGAAUAAGAGAUCAAACUUAAAGAAAUAUAUGAUAAGAAAAGCAAGAGGAAGAAAAUACCGUCAAGUCCGGUAUCGUCGCAUUUAUUUCUGUCUGAAAUAAAUCCAUUAAAAUAAUUAUUAUAAUUA